CCUCUCCCGCACCCGUCUUCCACUGCGGAUUGGAGAGGGCGCAGCGCACCAUCACGUCCCCCCGUUAUUAGUCCCGAUAUGCGAUGGGCGGCUGUACAGGUCAAGGAAUCUGCUGCCUCCUAUUGGAGCGGCAGAGGGUUGCGUGAUAAGGUCCUUGCUCGCACAUCAGUGUUGCUAGUUCGAGAUUGUCUUCCUGUCGACCUAUGCGUGCAUGUGUCUGCGUGUCUGUGUAUCUUCGUGCAUGAGGUGCCGGAUGAGCUGGUCAUGUUUGACGGGGACCGUAACGCGGCGUGAGUGCGUAUAUAAACCUGCAUAUAUGCUCCCCAACUCCUCCCCGCGACGUUGAGUAAGCGAUAGCCUAGAGUGGUACUCUAUUUAUACCCAGAACCCGUCGCCGUCUCUCUCUAUCCCCAUUCGUCGUCAACCCCUUUUCUCGCCCUCCCUCCUAAGUAACGUAACUCCUUGCGUGUUAACCAAGCACCAUGGCCCCCGCCGCGAUUUUGACUACCACCACCGAGACCGCACCUGCGGCUACUCUCACGCAGAACUAUAAGACCGCUAGCCUCACCGGGCCGUACAAGGAGCUCGCCCCGUACAAGUACUCGAAGGAGGACGAGGAGGGCAAGACGGGCCUUAAGGCGGCUAAGUACCCGAACUACCUGCCGACGUGGAACCCCGAGCAGAAGUACCCGCCGCUCGAGCCGUUCGAGCACUACGAGCACGGCAAGGAUGCCGACACCUCGUACCCGGAGCUGCUCGCCGACGGCGUCGCCGUCACGCACCUGACCCCGACCAUCGGCACCGAGAUCCGCGGUGUGCAGCUGAGCUCCCUCAGUAACGCCGGUAAGGACCAGCUGGCGCGCUUCGUCGCCGAGCGCAAGGUCGUCGCCUUCCGUGACCAGGACCUCGCCGACCUACCCAUCGCCGACGCGCUAGAGUUCGGAGGCUAUUUCGGCCGCCACCACAUCCACCCCACCUCGGGCUCGCCCGAGGGCCACCCCGAGAUCCACCUGGUGCACCGCGGCGAGGGCGACCGCGGCGCCGAGGUCUUCUUCGAGAACCGUACGAGUUCCGUCGCCUGGCACUCUGACGUCUCGUACGAGCGCCAGCCCCCCGGAACCACCUUCCUCUACAUCCUCGACAAGCCCGAGACCGGCGGCGACACCCUCUUCGUCGACGCCGUCGAGGCCUACCGCCGCCUCAGCCCUCUUUUCCAGGAGCGCCUCCACGGCCUCGAGGCCACCCACUCCGGCGUCGAGCAGGCCAACGCGUCCAGCGCCCGGGGCAGCAUCCGCCGCCGCGAGCCUGUCGUCAACGCUCACCCCAUCGUCCGUACGCACCCGGCCACCGGCGAGAAGGCCCUCUUCAUAAACCCCCAGUUCACCCGCGAUAUCGUGGGCCUUAAGAAGGAGGAGUCGGAAGCGAUCCUCAAGUUCCUGUACGACCACCUAGCGUACGGCGCCGACUUCCAGGCCCGCGUCAAGUGGGAGGAGGGCACCGUCGUCGUGUGGGACAACCGCGUGACGCAGCACUCGGCCCUGCUCGACUGGAAGAGCGGCCAGCGCCGCCACCUCGCCCGCAUCACGCCCCAGGCCGAGAAGCCCUUCCAGACCCCCUACGAGCCGUCGUCGUAGGCGCGGGAAAGGCGCAAAGGGUGGGGGUGGUUUCGAUGCGUGAAGCGUGUUUUAUAUAGUACCUAAGCGUU